AUGCACAAAACCCGGCAAUCCCAGGAUAGCGAUCCCUCAUCUCCCCCACCCCCCUUCACAGCCCCAAGGAAGCAAGUAAACCGGAAAAGGCAGCUAACUGGCUCGGUCUCAAAUGCCCCCCGUCCCCCUUGUCUGACGCCCCCCAUCACGCUGUCCUCGCCUCCCCUUCGUCUACCUGCCACGGUACACUAUGCCAGGUAUCAAGAAGAAAUCGUGCAAUGUGAGUGGACGGCAUCCAGUCCCGCAGUCUUCGAUGCUUUUUGUGUGGGAGUUGCCUUUUGGGGAAUGUAG